AUUGCGAAACCAUGUAAUCUAUUUCGAGAUCGUUGUAAGAUAUUCCGAGCAAUUCUAAUUUAAGCAACAACGUUACUGAAUGUACGGCAAAAAUGGCCGUUGCGAUACAUAAUACGCCUAAAUUCUAGUUUACCGCCAUCUAGACAAAAUGUUUGUAAACUAAUGAGCAUAAUAAUACUGUUAUUUAAAUAUUAGCGCCAAGUAACACAAUAAAUUCACAAAAUAUAAUCUCAAUAAAUUUACUAAAUAUAAAGACAAUUACUCUCUUGAUUAUAUAAUUAAUUUAUACGUGAAACCAAAUUGUUUUGUCUAACUGUAUGAAUCAAAUUACAUAAACUCAUCUGUCAUAAACCAGCUAAUAACAGGUGGCAGAGAAAUACUCGCUUCCCAUCUUUUAUAGAAUAAUCGUUUAUAAAAAAAUAAUUUUGAAACAACAUGUGUACACCGGCGAAAAUUAAAAAAUUAGAUGAAGUUGUGGUGAACAGAAUUGCAGCUGGAGAAGUGAUUCAAAGACCAGCAAAUGCAUUGAAAGAACUAAUAGAAAAUAGUUUAGAUGCCAAAGCCACGAAUAUACAAAUCACUGUAAAAGAAGGGGGUUUAAAAUUAUUACAGAUACAAGAUAAUGGCACUGGUAUUCGAAAAGAGGACAUGGACAUUGUGUGUGAAAGAUUCACAACAAGCAAACUGCAAAAAUUUGAAGAUCUUAAUGCACUGACAACAUUUGGAUUCCGAGGUGAAGCUCUGGCUAGUAUCAGCCAUGUAGCUCUCCUCAGUAUUAUAACAAAGACAGCAGAUGAAAAGUGUGCUUACAAAGCAUCAUACCUUAAUAGCAAGCUAAAGGCACUUCCAGUACCAUGUGCUGGAAAUCAAGGCACUAUAAUAACGAUAGAAAAUCUGUUUUAUAAUGUAGCAACUCGAAGGAAGGCUUUGUCGAGUUUAUCAGAGGAAUUUACUAAGAUUACAGAAGUAGUUAUGAAAUAUGCUAUACAUAAUCCAACGGUAGGAUUUACACUAAAGAAACAUGGUGAAGCAAGUCCACAGAUUCGAACACCUCAUAAUUCAACAAAGCAGAAUAAUAUAAGAAUAUUGUAUGGCAAUCCAGUUGCUCGUGAACUGUUAGAGGUUGAGCUCAACGACGAAGCUUAUAAAUUCAAAAUUCAUGCUUUAGUGACAAACCCAAACUAUACAAACAAACGGAUGGUGAUGCUUUUAUUCAUUAACAAUCGUCUGGUCGAUUCCUCUUCCAUUCGUAAAAUGUUAGAAGAAUUAUAUAUCCUCUAUCUCCCAAAAAAAGCCCACCCAUGGUGUUAUAUAUCUCUAGAUAUCAAUCCACAAAACAUUGAUGUUAAUGUACAUCCAACGAAACACGAAGUUCGAUUUCUUCAUGAAGAUACAAUAAUCGAAAGGAUCAAAUUCGCUUUAGACGAAAGAUUGACUGGUAACAGUGCAUCCAGAACAUUUUAUUUGCAAGCCAGGUUACCAAAGGCAGAUAUCACUAAAGAUGUUUUAGAAGAAGUAUUGCCGGAAUAUAACAAAGGAAAUUCAGAUAAAUCAAAAAAGAUUUACGCUAAAGAGAUGAUUAGAACAGAUUCGUCGGAUCAGAAACUAGACAAAUUUAAUUUCACCGUACAUUCUGCUUUCAAACAUGGAAAAAAUGACGAUAAUUCUUUCAUAGAAAAAUCAACACAUAAUUUAGAACCUCUUAAUUCUGAAGUUCCAUCAAAAACUAAUAUACCUGACAUGACCAUGAAAGAUUCAUUUACUGAUGAUAAAUGUCAAGAGAAAAAAGGUGAACCCAAUCCAAAUUUGACUAUUGUAGAACAGAACUCUACAUCAUUACAUGUUGAAGAGACUCCUAUAACAGUUAAUCCUGCUACAACAAAUUGGAGUGACAUAAUAAAUAAUAUAACUCAAUCAGAAACGCAAAACACUUGCAAUCCGACUAUACAAAAUGUCAAGUCAAAAGAUAUUUGUCCAGAAAAUGCUAUGGAUACUUCAGAGAUUUUAUCUGAUUUAGAUGAAACAAUGAAUAAUUCUGUGGAAGACAGAUCUGUAGACACUAUUGCUGACAAGGCUCGUAAGAAAAUAUACCAGUAUUUUGGAAAUAUAAAUAUCGACGAUAAAAAGAAAAUCUCAGAAGAACAAGAAAUGAAAGUUACAAAAGAUACAGGUAAUAAUGAAAAAAAAGACGAAAAUUCCGAAUUUAUCACUAACCAGUCUCAAGAUCCUCUAACUGAGAAAAAUACUUCCACUGAUGAAUCUGAAAAGUCUGAAAGACAAUUUAACUCAUAUUCUGUAAAUAGUUUUAGACACGAGGUAAAAUUAACCAGUAUUUUACAAUUACGAAAAGAAAUUGAAGAUGAAUGUCAUGAGGGAUUGAGAGAAAUCUUGUCGAACUUAACAUUUGUUGGAUGCAUUGAUCAAACUUCAGCUCUAAUACAAAGUGGAGUAAAUUUAUAUAUUUGUAAUACCAGAAAAUUAGCAGAAGAGCUGUUUUAUGAAAUUAUGCUAUAUGACUUUGCGAAUUUUGGCAUCUUGAAAUUCUCAGAGCGAAUAUCUUUGUUUGAUUUAGCAAUGAUUGCUCUAGAUUCAGGGGAUACUGGAUGGACAGAGGAAGACGGGCCGAAAGAGGAAUUAGCAACAAGAGUAAAAGAAUUACUUUUAGAGAAAGCAGAUAUGAUGAACGAAUAUUUUUCGAUUGUUAUUGAUAAAGUGGGAAACUUAAGGUCGUUACCUGUAUUACUAGAUAAAUAUUUUCCAUGUGAAGCAGAGAUUCCAUUGUAUAUAAUGCGAUUAGCAACGGAAGUUAACUGGAAAAAAGAACAGUCAUGUUUCCAAAAUAUUUGUAGAGAAACAGCAAAAUUUUACAGCUACAUCAGUCUGAAGCACAACACAAAUGAUUGGAAAUAUAUAACCGAACAUGUCUUAUAUCCUGCAAUUAAAGAAAGUCUGCUUCCCCCUAAAUACUUUGCUCACGAUUCAACAAUAUUACAAAUAGCUAGUUUACCCAAUCUGUAUAAAGUGUUUGAAAGAUGUUAAAAUAUUACACUAAAAAAGUACAAAAAUAUAUUAUAAUUUGCCAUAUAUAUAUAUAUGUUUUAUAAACUAAUUUAAAUUUACAGUUGUGUUUAUGUAUACCAUGUGUAUAUUUAUAAUACAUAAAUUGUACAAUUACAACAUGAUAUUUUUAUAUCAGU